UUUCAGGACAAGAAAAUUUUUUCCAUCCAGUUAACAUUGUCUAAAAGUGAAACAUUCCAAACGUUACAAUAACGGCAGCAGUAAAAUGGGACGAAAACCUGUAAGAAAUUCAGCUCCAACAUCUGAUCUGAAGACUGGCGAUGUAGUUUGGGCUCCGUAUCGACGUUUUCCAGAAUGGCCAGCGCUGGUUCGUUGCGUCUAUCCGAAAAAAGUCACGUAUACAUUUUUGCCAAUUAACGAAAGCUCAAAUUUAAAGUCGUCAAUUUUCAGUUGUCCGCCGCAAAAGCUUCGACUUUUAACUGGCAAUGAAUCUUUACCUGCUGGAGCAAAAAAUGACAUGAAGGAAGCCUACAAAGCAGCGCUUGAAAUAUUGAAAAAAAGUGGACUUUUAGGUGCGGAUCAUCAGAUGUCAGAAGAAUUGUCGGCGUUUAAAGCGAGUGAAAUCAAUAAACAGAGCGUUCUGGGUGACCUUGUAAAGAAGACUAAGAAAGACAGUGAUGCAGCAAGUAGCGGCGAUACGGCAAGCAAUGCAAGCGCACCACAUGUUUGGGGUAUUGGUGAAGUUGUCUGGCUCAGUAUGCCGAAUCAUUCAGAAUGGCCAGUUGUGAUCCGUGAAUUGAAGAAGAAAUUUGCAAUGGUGGACGCUUUUCCACUUAAAUUUAAUUGUAAACCCGAGCGUUAUCCGUUGAGUGCUUGUCAGAAAUUUGAAUUAACAGACAAAAAUCUGGAAGCUGCUAUUAGAAAGGAACGGAAUUGCGAAUUACGUAUGGCGCUUCAAAGUGUUAUGAAAUAUUUUAAACGUAAGGAACAAAUGAACAAUGUAGAGAAAUCGGACACGGAAGAUAAUACAGCAAAGGUUGAUGAUAAAAAUGAUGCACAGCAGGGAUGCGAUAGGAAAGAUAAAAGUACCACUGGUGGCUUGGAAGAAUUGCGGUCUGUUGAUGGUGAAGCAGAAGCGAAAUUAACUGGAAUGUUAAAGGAAGGAGAAAAUAAACGCGACGGUAAGAGACGCAUGGAUAAAUCACCAUCUCCAGCAGCAAAAAGGCAGAAAUUUUCUGAUGUUAUGAAGGAUUUAGAAAUUGAAUUAAGCGAAAAGUUGGAAAAUUUAAGUAAAGGCGAUCUAGCGUGGAUUAAUCGAGCACGAAGUGGUCGUAUCGUCAAGUGGCCAAUUCUCGUUUUGAAAGUAGAUAACGUCAAUAAAUCAUGUGUUUGCACUGAACUACCUUUGGAUGAUAUGUCGGCUAAUGCAGAAUGGUGUUUAAAUUCGGAAAAAACUCGCGUGGUGCAGUUGAAAAAUAUCUAUCUAUAUGACACAGUGGAAGCAAAAAUUGAUGAGAUCGAGGAUGCGGAGCUAAAGACAGCUAUCCAGCAGGCUGAUGAAAUAGCUGAGGGCAGCUAUCGACCUUUUGAUGAUGAACGGAACAGUUAUGAUAAGAAUGGAAAUUCAAGCAUUCGAGAAAAUGGAUGCAAAGCUGCAUCGGUCAAUAUUUUGGCACCUAAGGAAAUCUUACGAUUAUGCAAGUCGGAAAUGUGUGCUAGACAUCUGAUGGCUAUUUGGACUGGUCAGUUUACAUGCACACGUCAUGCUGGCUAUGAACCACCGUUUAUGGCACCGCUGCAGUUUGAAUUGAAUACUGGUGAUUUAUUACCAGAAACGGAUGGAAUUUCAUUAGUUGAACAUUUGGAUGCAACUGUUGCAAAAUUUAAAGAUGCAAUGAAAUCAUCGCUACGACGACUUCACUAUGUUACGACAGUUGCAGUACCGGAAGCAAUCAUUUUUGCGAUUACACAGAUUCGCUACUGUUCUGGAAGUGAAGCAAAUGAAAUUUUUGAAAAUGCGUUGCUGAAGACGGUCGAGAAGACUCCUAGUGAGCCGAGUGAUGAAAUUGGAGCAGCAACUGGUUUCGAGCAACUUCUGAAGGCAGCAUCCAAAGUGCGAUGUGCUGCAUUAGGAAUGGAUUAAUCGGAGUUCGAGAUGAUGGCAUAGCAUUGUCUUUCUUAUACUUCAUUCUUCAAAUUGUUUAUUGUAUGUCAAGUACUUGAAUGAAUCGAUUGGUUUUUGUUUCGUUUUUUACCCCAUCUUUUUUACUACUCAUUGUGCA